GACCGGAGCAUUCCGGCAUUGGCAUUUCCCGCGCGCGCGUGCUAUGUGGAGUGCAGUAUCCACCACCAGGCACCGCUGCACAAGCUUGGUGACAAGAGAUCGGCAAAGGCCACAUAAAUGGGCAAACUACUAGUCUUGUACGGCACUGUAGUCCGACUGUACCGCUGGUCCCUGUAGACCUACCCUGUCCUACUGCCUCAUUAUCAAGCAGAGCCUGGUGUGAAGAUCGCACGCUUGCAGUGGCACUGGGCGCGAAGAGUAGAUGUCUCUCGCGGCCACCGACAACUCAACUCUGUAGCCUGCCGAUCCAGCGAGGGAGUGAGUUACAAAGAGAACGGCAAUAUUCCAGCCAAGUUCAAGUCCAUAAUACUGUACGACAAGAAAAAGAGUCUUUCCCGGCACUUUUCGAAUUUCAGUUCGACACGAACAGUCAGAACAAACAGUCCUGGAGUAAGAUGAGGGCUAGGGAGUGAAAAGCCAACACGCUUGGUAGCUACAUGUAAGCGGUAUCAUGAUUAUGUAGUUUCCGGCCGGUAGCGGACAUUGCGGCGCCAGCGCGGGACAUCGAGAGGACAGCUAGCGGGCAGACGGCGGAGUUUUCCUGCCGCUUGGAAAUUUGGACGAUUUCCGCCAAGUCAUUUCGUCUGGCUUUGACAAUGAACAGGAGUUCUGCUUUCGCUGCAGCUCAGAGCAAUGACGUAACCAAUGAUGUCAUCGGAACUUUGCAGUGUGAUGAGGAUGCAAGGCGCCGUGGCACGGCUGCGGGGGAGAAGACGCGGAGCAAUGAGUCAGGUAUUGGCGGCUUGUCUCGUUGUCAGCGCUUUCUCACUGUCUGCUUCUUAGGUGUGGCGGUGGCCACAUGUCCGCUGAACAUGGCACAGCUCGGUCCGUUCUUUUCUCACGCCGCGCUGGCAAAGAACCCGGCGCCCGAUGCCUUGUACCACACGGCCAUCGGCGCAGUGUUCAGCAUGAAUCAGAUCGGGUGCAUUGCGUUCGGCCCGUUCAUCAUGCACGACCUGCCGAACAUCGGAAGCAAACAGGCGCUCGUCCUGGGCGUCGCGGUACAGGGCGCCUGCUCCUUUCUGUUCUCCGUGCUCGACCGCAUCUCCAGCUGGCGCGUGUUCUUGGCGUACGCGUACGCCAUACGCUUCCUACAAGGAAUGGCGUUCACUACCACCACCAUCUCGGCGCAGUCCUAUCUCACACAGAUCUACCCGACGAACCUUGGCUUUGUCAACGCACUGAUGAUGAUCAGCCUGUCGCUGGGUCACGCUGUUGCCACCGUACUCGCCGGAGGUCUGUACGACGUCGGCGGCUUCAUGUUGCCAUUCAUCGUCACCGGGGCGAUAGCCUGGUGCGUGACCGUCGCUCUCGUGCUCUUCAUCGUCGACGUCGAUGCGCUGACGGCUCGGCAGAACGGCGGCGCUCGUGAGCGGCACACAGGGGUUCUCGCCGCACUGCGAAUACCCUGGAUCUGGUUCAUCCUGCUCAUCUUUGUGGCAUCCAACCUGGCCUACAGCUCCAGCGAGGCUCUGCUUGCCACGCAGAUGAGGAAUGUGUUCGGUGUACGCUCCGUGACAGUCGGAGCGGCGCUGGCAUUGCAGGUUCUAGCUAAUAUCGUAUCGUCGCCGAUUGUCGGCAAGCUGAUCGACAACGGGUGUAGUUGUUACUUGCUGGUGUUUGUGGGCAUGCUACUGAACGUGCUGGGGUGCCUGCUGGUCGGGCCCUCAUCGUUCCUGCACAUACCCGCGUCCCUGCCACUGAUCUUCGUUGCCAUGGUACCGUGGGGCGUCGCCCACGUUGUCAUGGCAGUAUCGGCCGUGGUGGCGGCGUCGCAGCACCUGCGGCUGGUCGGCGCGGGCAGUGCUGUGGAGACGCGUCUUGCCGUGGCCGGCCUGGCACGUCUCUUUCUCUCCGUCGGUUACGGCAUCGGGCCGCUGGCGAUGAGCCCGUUGGUGGCCGUGCUGGACUUCCAGGCCGCCUUCACCAUCCUGGCGUGCGUGUACCUGGUCCUGGCCGGACUUCUCGUGCUGUUGAAGUGGCUUGAUUUGAUUGUGCGAAAACUGAGAUCACGUUGUAAGCGUGAUGGUGGUGAUGAUAAGCAAUGUGAUGAUCUGGAUCAUAGCACACCAUUGCCAAGUGAAGCUACUGAGCUACAGCCUCUCAAACACUGAUUGUCAUUCUUUUCGGUUCUAUGUAUGUUAUGAGGUUUUUAAUAUAUUUUUUAUUAUGUGUGCUCAGUAGCUUUCAGUGUGACACUGAAGCAGGAAAAAGAGAGACAGAGACACAGAGAGAAAGAAAGAAAGAGAGAGAGAGAGAGAGAGAGAGAGAGAGAGAGAGAGACAGAUACAGACUGACAGACUGACACACAGACACACAGACACACAGACAGACAAACAAACACAUACACAGAGACGUACGGAGAGAUAGACGCACAAAGAGGGAGACAGAUGGCCAGAUCCUAAGAAAAAUAUGCCGUGACAGGCAGAGAAAGAGAUGAGCGAGACCUUGACACCACAUUCUUUUGAUUUUAUCAUUGACAUUGCUUGAUUGGUUAGCUUCGUGAUGUAUAUAUUUCUAGCUGCAUCAUUGUGUAAUCCUCACCUUAGCUUGAAAGUGCACUCUCUCUCUCUCUCUCUCUCUCUCUCUCUCUCUCUCUCUCUCUCUCUCUCUCUCUCUCUCUCUCUCUCUCUCUCUCUCUCUCUCUCUCUCUCUCUCUCUCUCUCUCUCUCUCUCUCUCUCUCUCUCUCUCUCUCUCUCUCUCUCUCCCUCUCUCAUUCUCUCUCUCUCGCUCUCUCUCUCUCGCUCGCUCGCUCUCUCUCUCUCUCUCUCUCUCUCUCUCUCUCUCUCUCUCUCUCUCUCUCUCUCUCUCUCUCUCUCUCUCUCUCUCUCUCUCUCUCUCUUUCUCCCUCUCUCUCUCUCUCUCUCUCUCUCUCUCUAUCUCUCUCUCUCUCUCUCUCUCUCUCUCUCUCUCUCUCUCUCUCUCUCUCUCUCUCUCUCACUCGGGUUUGUAACCAGGCAAUCACUGGUACCAACCAAUAAACAUUCAGCUGGGUCACACUGUCAUUGAUUGUUUGUAUGGAGCUCAGUCAUACCAGCAAUCAGCCUAGCCAGAGCAAACUACCACAUUCUAAAUAAUAUACAAAUAAUCUACGUGGAGAUAAAAGUUUAAUAAUAGCAAUGAAAAGUAUGAAUGCCGCAGACAUCACCACGCAACAUGACAAUUUGUUCAAGGUUUGGUUUUGUGUGUUUCCAAAAUCGAUUUUCACGUUCCGAUCAUCAGUGGAAAUACGGAACUAAAGAGAUCAAGGGAAAAACAAAGGUUAAAAAUCCAAAGAAGUGUGACACACGACGGGUAACUUGUGGUAAGUAUUACAAAAAGUGAGAACUAAAAUAAAGAGUAAGUGCAUAAGCGAAGCUGUGGACGCAGCAUACUGCUGCUACACUUCAACGCGGGAAUGCGUAUAAUAAUAAGUGUGACAAACGGGCAUGAACAGUGCAGAAACAACUCAUGAACACGGGGUGCAAACUCACGAAAAUAACCUAAGUGCUAAAACAUGUUCUUUUUGCUUACACAAAUCGGGCUUAUGCGUACGAAUACAAACAGCUUCAAGGACCUUCAACUGCUGGACAUAACGGGUACGACAC